UGCUCGCCGGUUACGAUGGAUGCCGCCUGUUCGGAGGCCACCAUGGAGCUCUCUGCUCGUGCACAAAUGUUUGAAGUUCAUAUACAGAACUACAAUGGGAACGAUCCACUUGAUCCCUGGUAUAGAUAUUUUCAGUGGAUAGAAGAAAUGUCAGAAGCAGAAGGAAAGCAAAAUUGCUUGUCACGUUUACUGGAGAGGAUUGUGAAAACGUUUUUAAGUGAUAAGAGGUAUCAUCACGACAUGAGAUUCAUCAACUGCUGUGUCAGAUUUGCUGACUUCAUUGAUAACCCAAGUCAGUUUUUUGAUUACGUAUUCAGCCAAGGAGUUGGUAACAAAUCAUCCAUUCUGUAUAUUUCUUGGGCUCAACAACUUGGUGGACAAGGAAAUGUGCCUCAGGCAUGCAUUGUUAUUCAGAGAGGUAUCCAAAAUGAAGCCCAGCCAAUUGAGAAAUUACAUCAGCAGUACUGGUUGUUACAGAAUAGCUUGCCCCAGAAUCAAAUUUCAACUCAAGUUGGUGUUUUGCAGCAACGUGAUCCUCAGAUGUCCAAUCAGUUGGCUUCUAAAAAUGACUUGGCUUGUCCCUACAGGAGCCAGAGUCCAAACAGUUCUGAAUCAUGUCCCAUCACUUGCAGGGGACCAGAGAAUAUAGAAAAGCCCAAUUACAUUACCACAAUUUCCAAGUCGGAGGUUGUACCAAUGCCAUCAAGUCAUGCUGCCCUUGAGCAGAAGGCAAUGUAUGUCAAGACUCUUCUCUACUGUGAAGGUUCUGAACUGUGCUUUGAAGAAGCGAGAGCCAAAGCAUAUUUGAAGAAGGCAGAACGCUUGAAAAGGCACAAGGAAUGGGAGAAUGAAGACAAAGAGUUCAUGAAAAAGAAAGAAAGUGACCUCCUUGAACUACAGGAACUGCAGCAGAAAUUGGACCAGCUCUCCCAAACAUCAUCUUCAUGCCAGAAAGAUGUAUUGCAGCCAGUUGCUCACCAGUCCCUGCUAAACUCUACAGGGGAUGAUCGGUGUGUGCAAAUCAGAGCAGCACAGUGUUGGCCAGAAUGGACAGCUUCUUCCUCAACUCAGAGUACUCUUUAUUUGGGGACAGAACAUCAAAGUUUAUCAGGAGGUGCUUUGGCUUCCCAGUGUAUUGGAAAUCACCCACACAGAUCUGCUUUCAAGGAGAUUUCGGUUGGAGUGCCUUCAGCUUCCUUGGCAAUGAUGAGCAAUGUGGCCAAUACUGAUGAAAUUCUUGGGCAACAGUCAGUAUUUGAUUCUCUGUCGACUGCUAUAAGUGAAAAAGCUGCAUUUGAAACUCAUCCUGCUCUUGAAGAAUGUGCAAGUAGCCUGUGUAGACUUCAAGUCAGCAGUAACGAUUCUGUCCAGCCACCUCAGAGACAUGCUGCCAUCUCCCAUAAUUGCCACGAUGGAGAGAUGCACAUAGAUCCUUCAAAUCGGAAAGAGCAGGAUUCCAUUGAAAUAAGAGACGUACCAGUUAACAGGAAUACUUCAGUUUUUUUUCAUCACCGCCAUGCCACUCCAAAUACAUCAAGCAUAAUGCAAGCAACCCCAUCUAAAGUACAGCCUUCUCCUACUGUUCACACAAAGGAAGCUUUGGGUUUCAUCAUGGAUAUGUUUCAAGUGUCUUCUCUAAAAGAUACCACUAUACUUUCAGAAGAUGAGGAAAAAGAAGAUGCUGAGGCCUUCUUCAGAAACAAAGAUCCAGGUGAGGCUGUGAGCACUGAGCCUGGUGCUCCUGCUGCAUUACCUGCUUUUACAAUUUUUGAGGAUGAGAAUACAGAGUUUCCGCAGCCAGUCCCAAAGACAACAUCUAUCAAAGUAUUUGGUGAACGUCCCAUAGGCACUCUGACUCUUGCUAAACCAAGAGAUGAAAGCCAGCCAGCUGAGGGCCUGACAAGCGACUGUACUGUAUGGGCUAACCCAUGCAAUCAAACUUUUGCUCCAUGUCUGAAAAGCCCAGAAGACUUUGUUCAAGCUGCUCACCUUGCCUCCUCUACACCAUUCAAUACCAUUUCAGUGCCUGCAGUCCAAGAGAUGCAAGCUAAAGUCAUUGAGAACCCUUGGGAUGAGAGUUUAAUCUUCCAGCUUCUGUCCAGGCUGCCCAAACCAGUAAGUGCUUAUCCCAAUACUUUCCACUGGACACUGCAUCUUCCAGUUGUCAAACCAAAGACUGUUCUCAAAUUAGCAUCAUCAUCCUUCCACAUUGAUUGCGUACUUGGAGAAGGAGCUUUCGCACAUGUGUAUCAAGCUUCCGUCCUUGAUAUGGACAACUCUAAGAAUAACCAGAAAGUAAUACUGAAGGUACAGAAGCCUGCAAGCCCUUGGGAAUUCUAUAUAGCAGCUCAGCUGACUGAAAGGCUGAAGCCAAGUAUGCGUCACCUUUGCAUCCAAUUCUAUUGUGCUCACUUCUUUCAAAACGGAAGUAUUCUAAUUGGGGAGCUUUACAGUUAUGGAACUUUACUGAACACCAUAAAUAUAUACAAAAGACUAACAGAGAAGGUGAUACCCCACGCUCUGGUCAUCUACUUCACCAUAAAAAUCCUACACAUGGUAGAAGAGCUUCACAAGUGUGGGAUAAUUCAUGGUGACAUUAAACCUGACAACUUUAUAUUUGGUGAAAAGUUUUUGGACAAUGACACGUGUGAUAUUGAUGGUACGUCUCAUGGCCUGACCAUAAUUGAUUUUGGCCAAAGCAUAGACAUGACCCAGUUUCCUGAAGGAACUACUUUCACAGGAAAGUGUGAAACAUCUGGAUUUCAAUGUAUUGAAAUGAUGACGGGCAAGCCAUGGAAUUACCAGACUGAUUAUUUUGGAAUUGCUGCAACAGUGUACUGCAUGUUAUUUGGCACAUAUAUGAAAGUAAAAAAUGAGCAAGGGAUCUGGAAACCUGAUGGUGUCUUUAGGAGGAUUCCCAACGGAGAAGUCUGGACUGAAUUCUUCUUUACUUUGCUGAACAUACAAGACUGCAACCACUUGCCUUCUUUGGGAGCUUUACGGGCAAUGUUGAGAGACCUAUUUUUAAGAACUUAUUCCAAUAAAAUAAUAGUUCUCCGUAACAGGCUUGCAGUGUUGCUUGUUGAAAACAAACGAUCACGAAAGUAAAUGCUGGACUCUUGUGAAACCGUGAAAAAGUUCUGAGAUGUAAUUGCUUCAUCAAGCGGCAGUUUAAUUUUGGUUCGAUGGCUGGCGAAGGUUGGAGCUGCACUGCUGCUGCUUAAAUAGUGCACUGUGAAUGGGUUGAUUUGACAAACAGCUUCCAUUCGCCAGCACCUCUCACAAAAUAUUAAUGUUGGAGAUGAACACCCUUUCUGAAACUGGGCAGCAGAAAAACAG